CAUCACAACGUUCGAUACAGAAUAUCGGGAAAGCAACAUUGGUCAAUAAUAGAAUGAACCAACUAAUGAAAAGGUGGCUUUUAACCAGACAUCAAUAGCAAUUCCGAAUCAAGAGACGCAGCUGCAAGUUCAAACAAUACCAAUCACAACAACGUCGUCGCUUGCGGGAGUGAAAGAAGCGCAUAGCGCCCCCCCCCCUAGACAACACAUCUCAUCGAGCAAUCUGUUCGCCAUGAAUAACUCUCGGUACGGACGGCGGGCCCCAUCGGCCAUGGAUGCCAGCCUAAAAAAGGCCGAAACCGAUAGCCUGCCGGGAAUCCAGCUGAACGAUCGACAGAUGAAGCUUUACGCGGCACGAAAGGCCGGAAAAACCGGAGGAAUCAAGGAUCAGAACCACAAACUAGAGCCUCCUCCGGAUAGGAAUCCACCGAAAAAGUACUUCAGCAGCAGCAGCAGCAACCCACAAGAAAAAAAGACMAUAACAGCAACACCAUCGCCAAUGCAGCAACCGUAUCUAGGACGGGAACCCACCGGAACGGCCGACACCGUGCCCAUGACAUUUUCGGAGGAUUCUGCCUCGAACGUCUCUUAUUCGAUUCGAAGCGCAAACAGCUUUUCUUCCCGAAACGAAAAGGCCAAUUCCUUUUACGGGCAGCGGYUGGAACCCCAUGAGCGCAAAAGGUACGACGAUCUGGGCAACACCUGGAGGGAUUCCCAAUCGGAGGCAUCGGCUGCAUCUGCGGUAUCGGCUGCUCUUUCCCGCGCCUCGAAGGCGUCUGCGGCUUCGGCAAAGACCAGCAAAUCAUCUUCUUCACUGGGCUCCAUGGCCCGGUUACGCCAGCUCAAUCUCCAGCGAAGCGGUCAAGGCGGCGGGAGCAGCAAAAGCAGUACCGCGGGGAGCACCUUUAGCACAAGUGGCAGCACCUAUAGCGCAAGCAGGAGCAAAGCAAGCGCUUCCAAUAGCGUCAAAAUGAGCAGCGAUUCCCGGUCGGUGGCCUCGGCGGUCUCGAAAGCUCCAUCGGCAGCUUCGUCGUCCCUGAAAAAGAAGCUUCCGGUCGCAAUGCCGGUGGCAACGGCGGUGAAGAAAUCGAAAACRCCUCGGAAGAAAGAACAAUCUGCCGCAGCAGAAUCGUCCSUUUCGACGGAGAGUCGCCCGACUUUGACUCCAAUUGACACAAAGUCUCAGCAUUUGGAAGACCAAUCAGGCCGCAAAGCAUCUGGCCUAGGCACGCAGAAAGAGAAGAGCAAGUUCCUUCGGAAAACGAUGAUGCAAUGGGCCAAGCCUUCGACGACCUCAACAUCCUCUUCCCUCAAAUCUACUACAUCUAGUAGCAGUGGGAAAUCCUCUUCUAGGAGGCUCUCAUUCGCGCCAAAGAAAUCCAUCAUUACAGAAUACCGAUCCCCCAAGUCUACGGCCAGCGGCAGUAUUUCUCCGAAAGAAAUGGCCAUCAUGCGAAAGGUGGCUGAACGGAACAAGAGCAAGGUCAAGUCCAAUGCAAUGUCACCGACCAAGAAUUCCCGUCGAAAAGCAGGAAAGCUGAUCAAGAAGCUGCUAAAUUCCUCGUCUUCGUCACUAAACUCCUCCUCGCGCUCCUUUCAGGAGGACGAAGAUGAUGAUCAGCGAAAAGAGAAGCAAYCAACUGUUGAAGCCAUAACCACGAUCAACACCCGCAAACUGUACGAUGACAGUGGAAAGAGUGUGAACGAAGAUUCUAUGUCUCUCGUUACGGCCAAUGAGACMCCUAAAGAGCCGGCAAAACUGGAAAGUCUUCGCUCUACUUCACACACAAGCAGCGGCAGCAGCACUCCGAAGCACGGCGAAGUCGAUAGGAGGACACCCAUUGUCAUGGAGGAAGAUAUGGACGAAGGCGAAGGUGACGAAGAAACAAUUGCAAGGAAUCAGGCAAUGCGAAAAAAGGCCAAGCGAGGAAGAUCAAGCAUUUUCAAAAGCCGUAUAAAUAACAUCGGGAUGGCAGUCAUGGACGAUUUGAUCGAAGAGAAUGCGGAACUUUCUUCCGAUGAGGAUGAGCAAGAGUACGAAAACGAGGAGGAAGUUGAGGAAAUUGAAAAUGMMAGUGACUACCAGGAUCCGGCAGACGUGUCGCUACAUCCGGCACGAUCAAUCAAAUCCAACAAAUACGAAGAAACCCCGCGAAACAUCAAUACGGUUUUGGAGGAAAACAAGGAUUUCCUGAAUGUCAUGCGAGAAGGACCUUUGAAGCAGGCGAMAUACAUUCCGGGUCUGGAUGAUAGCAAUCCUACGAAGAGCGAAAGCUACGACGAGGAGACCGAAGAAUAUAAGGCCUUUACGAAGACAUUGAGAGCAGAAUUAUCUGGAACCCAUGCAAAACUCUACGAUAGUUUUCAGGCUAUGUUCUGCUACGGYGAGAAUGAAAACAUGCCCGCAAGGCCUUUGUCAGUAUAUCCRGGAUCCCUCGACUUGAAGACAAAGGAAGCAAUAUCCUCCAUGAGCAAAUAUUUGAACACCGAGCAUGACGUUGAAUGUCUGUUGGGAUCACAGAUUGUCAAGGACAACGAWGUUCGAAAUUUCACCUUUCGAYACCCACAGAAAACGCCACGCAAUACAUCGUCAGCCACUGGAGUCAGCGCCUGCGAUAGCGAAGACGAUUACGGGUCGAUUCGUCAGGUCCCAUCGACGGACAGCAUUAAUGCUGGUGCAGAUGGUUCCGAAUACGAAGUUACGCUAGGUCAGCAYCGCCGAAAGAGCGAAUCAGUUGCCUCUUCCAACGAUUCUAGAUAUCUUCCGUCGAGUGUCUCGAAAAUGACUCUGAAACAAAGUGGCGGUGUCAAGUCCUCCUCCAUUUUCAAGCUUCCAGCGGCUGCGGUAGGAGGCAGUGGAGGAACUCCAUAUAAUAAAGUAAAGCUCAAAUCUCGAAGCGUUCCUGAUAAGAACAAAACCAACAAUGUUACUGUCCCUUCGUCGUGGACCAAGGUUCGGUUGCGUCCAGUUGUGAAAACAGAUCCCAAAGUUGAGGAUUCUGCCAGCACCACGGAUUCUUCCGAAGCGCCGGAAUUCCAUCGUAUUGUUCUCCGAAAAACUCCUACGAAUGCGGGCGGAACGAAGAAGACCUUUGAUCUUGGCAUCGCGACAGCUCCUUCUUCUCUCACAGAUACAUCUGGUACAUCCAAGAAGCCYAUAGAUAUCGAGCACGCGGGUGCGCCGGAUCAACCAAUCAAGUUGACGGAAAAUCACACACCGGAAGAGAAGUUAACCCCGAUGAGUGGUACGGAAGGAAAACCAAUCGAGAUCAAGGAUAACCGCAAGGGAGGGGAAGACAAUCCUAUCAAGUUGGCGCCGUCCGUUGGUUAUGAAGAAAACCCUAUCAAAUUAGUUCCAUCRAAGGGCGAGGAAUCCGYGAAUCCCAUUCAAUUGGCACCCUCGAUUGACCUAGACUUGAGCGAAGGCUCGAUCAUGAUUGCUCUGGCGAAAGAAGCUGGAGUAGGGAGUGAUGUGGAUAUCAACGUAAUUAUUGCAAUGAAUGGAAUCACGAAGGUACAGUCAAUCCCCGGCCAGGAGUCCACGAAGGCAAAUGUUAUUUGGAGGCUCGAUCGUAGUGAAGUCAAAUCUGCUCUCCUUGACAUGUCCACUUUUCAUGUUAAGAUAAUUGUAUCUUCCGAAAACGACAAGAACCAUAAGGAUCUCCAAUUUCCCACWUCUGCACAAUGUAUGCGGUUCGCAAAUGCUCUUCAUGAGAUGAGGAACAACAGUUCYGAUGACACCUCCACUGACAUCAAAGACAAAAAGGCGACUGUUGSUAWCGAUGACGCAUCUAUUUAUGUAGAACAAUUGAGCAACGACGAACAAAAGGUAUUAGACGAAUUUAGGCAGCGAAAGAAGAUGAAGCCGGAACCUAUUUCGGAAUUGAAUGAGAAGGAUUUCGCCAAAGAAAUGCUGUCGAAGAAACUCACCUCGAUAAGURAUUGUGACGGUUCAAAGCCAAUGAGUGUCGUAGGUGGCGCGACUCCUUCUAGUCCUGUCUCUGAGGUKUCGACGGCCACUUCUGCAUUAGCUUUGGAUAAGKCGAAAACAGUAAUGAAAUACCAAUUGAUGUUGAAGACAAAGGUUCCCAAGGAGGCCGUGAAACAUAAGAUGGAGCAAGAUGGUGUAGAUGCUGCUAUMAUUGCCCAAGUCCUCGGAGAAGAGGCACCGAAGCCAUCUGUUGUUUCUGCACCUUCGGGCAAUACCAAUCUCUCACCCGAAGACGAAAAAACUGCUUCUACUUACAGAAAGAUGCUCAAGAUGGGAAUACCGCCUGAGGCUGUCGCACACAAAAUGAAGAAGGAUGGUGUAAACCAGAAGAUAGUGUCGUCUGUUAUUGAUGAUUCUAAUAGCAACGACAAAACAAAAACACCGGCUGUAGCAUCAGGUCCUACRUUGACCGUUCCCGAGCAAGCGGCAGCGCAGAAAUAUCAAAAGAUGUUGAAGAUGUGUAUUCCGAAAGAAGCAGUGGAACACAAAAUGAAGAAGGAUGGUGUCGACGCAAAGAUUGUAGCAUUUGUACUCGGUCUACCUCAGAAAGCCCCGGGUAGUGCAUCAAUACCUUCAAAGAUUAAGAACUCAUCAUCGUCAUUGACCAGUGACGAAGAAUCUACUGCUUCUAUGUAUAGAAAGAUGCUAAAGAUGAAUAUUCCGAAGGAAGCAGUUCGCCAAAAGAUGACGAUGAACGGUAUCUCGGACAAGAUUGUCGCCGCAGUCCUUGGUGACAAUAAGAAUGCAGCAAAGAAUCAAAUAAAAAAAGGCUUCAACAAGAAUGGGUUUCACUGGAAUCCCAUCGACGACGACGUUUCCAUUGCAGGAAGUGUAUGGUCAAAAGCUGGAUCCUCGGUCGCAGCACUGGAAAUAAUUUCGAAACACGUCGAAGAAUUCCAGAAGAAGGUAGAUAGCACAAAAGCACCGAAGAAGAACACUGGAGGAAAAGGGAAGAAAGAGAUGGCAAAGUUGGUCAAGUUAGAACGCGCUCAAAAUGUUGCUAUCACUCUCAAGGCGUUCAAAGACUGCGAAGAGAACGGUUCGUACAAAGAGCUUUCCCAGAUCAUCGAGUUCCUCGAUCCAUUCUGCAAGAUCAAGGGAGAUCGUGCCCUUUUUAUGAAAGACUUACUACCAAAGUCUGACGAAGUAAAAGCAAUCAAGGCAUACACAGGAGGCAACGAAUUUCUAGUUCSAGCAGAAUUGUGGUUUCAACAAAUUGUCCAUAUCAAAAGAAUCGAACAAAAAGUCMAAGUCAURCGAACUAUGGAAACGUUUAAGAUGGACGCAAUUGUUCUGGGCAAGAGUUUCCAGUUGCUCACGGAUGUCUGUAAUCAAGUUAUGGACAGCGAUCGCCUUCCCGACCUCCUCGAUAUGGUUCGUCAAAUUGGAAAUCGCAUGAACAAAGGUCGUGGAGACGAUGCCGCAGGAUUCAAGYUAGAUUUCUUACCGAGACUCGCACAAACGAAAGGAAGUGAUAGGAAGACUACCGYGUUGGACCUMGUCGUACUCAUUUUUUGCACCAGAAACCAACGAGAGGCCUUGCUCCUAUCCGACGAUUUUCCCAAUAUUCAAGAAGCUAGCAGAAUUGACUUCCAAGAUUUGUCAACAGAUGUAAAGAAGCUGGAAUUAUCAGUGAGCAAGUGCAAACAGGAAUUUGACAAUCUCAAAAAAGAGCACGAGUCUUCUCUCGAGGGUAAGGCUCCCGAGGGCAAGGUCAAUACUCUCAAUGAGACAAGGAGCGAAUCUGCUUUGGGUGGAGGUGCGUCCUUUCUCGAUGAGAUAAAAUCACGCAGAGGAUCUGCCAAUCAAUGUACUACACCAAAGAGUGAUCAUGUAGGAGGAUUGAGCUUGAUGGAGGAAAUCAGAGCUCGCAACGGAUCACCGAGGGGAACUCGCUCACCUACCGUUAGCGAGGUUCAUAGUGCUAUUCAUAAAUCGAAUGAAAAAGUGAGGAAGUCCUUGUCACCUAGAGCAAGUCUUUUGGCUUCAUUUUCAGAAAAAAGCUCUGGGAAGGAGUACUCAAUAGACGCAUCUAUAAGAA